AUGGCUGAAGAAGCAUACACCCCCCAAUCGCCACCCCGCUGCAUUAUCGUCGGCGGUGGUAUCGCAGGCGUCUUUCUCGGUAUCCUCCUUGACCGUGCCGGCAUCCCCUACGACAUCUUUGAGCGUGCACCCUCUGUGAAACAGCUCGGUGCUGUCAUGUCUCUGAAUGUCAACAUCCUGCCCGUGUUUGAGCAAUUGGGUCUUUUGGAUGAGCUCAUGGCCAUCAGUUUCACCAGCCCUGGAAUGCACGUGUAUGGCGAGAACAUGAAGAAGAUGGCUUACCGUGGCAACGACGGCAUCAAAGAAACAGUGGGAUACGACUACAUUGUCUUCUCCCGUCCCCAACUCUACGACCUCCUCCUCUCAAAACUCCCACCCAACAAGAUCCAAUUCGGGAAAAAGGUCCUCCAAAUCAAGUACCCCGCCGAGGGAGGCGUCAUGGUCCAAUGCUCAGACAACAGCUCCUACCUUGGAGAUAUCCUUAUCGGUGCCGAUGGUGCUUACUCUGCUGUUCGCCAGUCGCUGUAUCGCCAGUUGAAUGAGAAAAAGGAGUUGCCGUUUAAGGACACCCAGGGGUUGAAGAUUGGAUAUAUGACUAUGGUUGGCACUACGGAACCGUUGGAGGACGAUGCGUAUGAGGAGUUGAAGGAUGAUUUUACCAGGUUUAACUUUAUCAUUGGAAAGGGCAAACCCUACACCUGGAGCACAUUCACAGUUCCCGGCAAGAGAAUCUGCUGGGGCGUCCAGAUGCAGCUCUCCACCAGCGAGGCCGACGACAUGUCCUUCAGGAACACCGAAUGGGGCCCUGAAUUCAACGAGACCAUGAUCAAGGAAAUCCAAGACUUCCCGACACCUAACGGACCCUUGGGCCAGUUUAUCGACAAGACCCCCAGGGAGAAGAUCUCGCGUGUUUUCUUGGAGGAGAAGAUGUUUGAGACUUGGCAUCAUUCUAGGGUUAUCCUUAUUGGUGAUGCUGCUCAUAAGAUGCUCCCAAGUGCUGGCCAAGGAGCAGUCAACGCCAUGCAAGACGCAGUCAUCCUCGCAAACUGCCUCUACGAAAUUGCCCUCAACGCAUCCAGUGAAAACAUCGACCUAGCAUUCAAAGACUUCAAAGCCCAACGCUACCCUCACGUCAAGCACCAAUUCGACCUCUCCAAGACUAUGGCAAAGGUCAUCUACGGUCAGACUUGGCAUGAACGUUUGUUGAGAACCAUUGUCUUUGGGUACUUGCCUGAAUCCAUGUUGCAUAAGGAUACCAUCAAGGCCGCCGCUUAUAGACCGAUUGUCAACUUUAUUUCUCCUCCACCUGAGCGCGGUACUUGCCCUGUGCUGCCGACACAGGCGUCAAAGAGGUACCAGAAUGAGUUGGCUGCUGCUGCCGCUGCCGUCUAG